AUGAAAGCUAUAGCUGAAAACUGUAAGUCAUAUGGAACUGGAACACAUAUUGAAAGAUUGUUGAACUACAGUGUAUAUGGUGGUGGAAAGAAAAAUCGUUGCCAAAUAGUUGUGGAUGCAUUUGAAGAACUAGCUCCACAGGCUGCAUUAACAGAAGCAAAUAGAGCAUUAUCUGCCUUCCUAGGAUGGUGUCAUGAAGUGUUUCAUGGAAUGUAUAUAAUUAUGGAUGAUAUAAUGGAUGCGAGUACAACACGAAGGAGAAAACCAUGUUGGUACAAACUGGAUGAUGUCCAGAUGACAGCCAUCAAUGACGGCCUAUUGCUUCAAGGCAUCGUUUAUGAGGUACUUAAGAAAAAAUUCGGAUCAAUGCAAAACUACGGAAGUCUCACGGAAGUAUUCCAUAGAAAUUUACUAUUUUCUACUAUUGGAGAAAAUAUGGACCUAGCAACUAUGCAUCAGGAUGUCUUAACAUUCACAAUGGAGCAAGUUAGGCACAUAGCAGCGUACAAAACAGCUCAUCAUUCCUUCUAUACACCAACUGAAUUGGCCUUUAACCUAACUGGGAAUACGAAUUUGCAAAUCCUAGAACAAGCAAAGAAUAUUCUCUACGAAAUUGGAAUUUUCUUUCAAGUCCAAGAUGAUUUCCUAGAUUGCUACGGAGAUCCAGCUGUUACAGGUAAGGAGGGAACGGAUAUUCAAGAUAAGAAGUGUACAUGGCUCGUGGCAACUUUCUUGGAACGUGCUAACGCAGCGCAAAAGAAAACUUUGAAGGAAUCUUAUGGAAAGAAAGACGAAAAGUCUGUUCAGAUAGUAAAGCAACUCUACACAGACGUAGGUUUGCCUGAAAUCUACAAAACAUACGAGGAAGCCACUUACAAAAGGAUCAAAGAAGAUAUUCAGCAGGCAAAAGGAAUUCCGCAGAGAUUGUGUCAAAACUUAAUGGAUAAACUUUAUAAAAGAAAAUUUUAAUUAUAUUUCAAGUCAAAAAAAAAAA